CCCCGAUGUAUCUCUCUAUUCACUCUUCCGGCGCAGACACCGCCACCCCGACGUCUCCUUCUUCCCCUAUCUCCCGUCUCUCUCUCGGCUGCUCUCUUCUCUCUCUCCAUCUCCAUCUCCAUCUCUCUUAAUUCGCUUUCUCUCUUCUCCCGUCACGCCGGUAAGUUCCUGUUCGCUUUUCUCUGUGUGUCCGUAUCUCCCAGCUCUUCUCUCUCUCUCUCUCCCCCACUCUCCGUCUGUUUAAAAAGUUACAAGACUCGGCUCCGGGUGCAUCAAUUAAAAUAGCAGCGGCAAUGGCACAGCGCGCGAUGAAUUUCAUGUUGUAAUGGGGGUAUUCCUAAGAAGAAACGGCAACGGUGGCUUGUUAGCUCGUCUCAAAGCACUGGUUAACUUGCAGGCUUUUCUUCUUCUGGGUUGAUGUUUCAUGGGCAGAGAUUCAAACAUACGUUAGCCGAAGAAGGUUCGCAAACCCAAUUAUACGUGAAUAUGGGUUCUUCAUCUGUAGCCAAUGGAGGUCAUAUUGAUAAAUCGAAAUGGACAAAGUUCGAUUCCAGAAUAUUUGGGAUAAGCCGUUCAAUAAUCCCGCAAGCCUCAUGGACUGUGUUGAAAAUUCUUAGGAGUGAAGGGUUUGAAGCCUAUCUAGUGGGAGGCUGUGUUAGAGAUUUGCUCCUAAAUAGGACACCAAAAGAUUUUGAUGUGAUUACCACAGCUAAACUUAAGCAGAUCAAGAAACAGUUUCAUCGUGCUGAGAUCAUUGGACGGCGAUUUCCUAUAUGCAGGGUGCAUAUCAAAGGGUCUGUAAUUGAGGUUUCCAGUUUUGAUACAGUGGCAGAACGUGCUGGAGAAAAGGAAAAAGUUUUUUCCUUGAAAGUUCCUAAAGGCUGUGAUGAGAAAGACGUCAUACGCUGGAGAAACUCCAUAUGUAGAGACUUCACUAUCAAUGCCUUAUUCUUUGACCCGUUUGCCAACACAAUUUAUGAUUAUGCUAAUGGAAUGGUGGACUUAAGAUCCCUAAAGCUGCAAACAUUGAUCCCUGCUCAAUUGUCAUUCAAAGAGGAUUGUGCAAGAAUUUUGCGGGGCUUAAGAAUUGCAGCUCGUUUGGGCUUAUCAUUAUCAAAGGAGACAGAUACUGCAAUUCAUAACCUCUCAUCAUCUGUUCAGAGUUUAGACAAGGGCAGGAUAGGGAUGGAGUUGAACUAUAUGCUGUCUUAUGGAGCUGCCGCACCUUCUCUCUGCUUGCUUCAGAGAUAUAACCUACUUGAAAUGCUACUUCCAUUUCAUGCAGCAUAUCUUCAAGAGGCCAAGCAGAGUGCCAAGAGUUCCACUAUGUUGAUGAAAUUAUUCUUCUAUUUGGAUAAAGUGAUUACUUGUGAUCGACCUUCUGAUUGCAGUCUAUGGAUUGGAUUAUUGGCUUUCAACCAGGCAUUAGUAAAUAACCCUCAAGAGGCUCUUGUGAUUUUAACAUUUGCUUCUGUUUUGUACCAUGGAAGCUGGAAGGAAGGUGUUAAAUUUGCCAAAGAAAAUGCCCGAAUGCAAGUUAAUUUUGCACCUGAGAUCUUGGGUUCCUCUGAUAUUAAAGCAGAUGAAGAACUUGCUGACGCAGUUACUCAGUUAGCAUCUUUAGUGCAGGAUUCCAUAGUUGCUUUGACUGAGACAGAAAGUCUUUUCAAAUCAAUGUCCAGAUUCCCAGUUUCUCAGUGCUCUGGUUUUGUAUUUAUUUCAAAGAAGAUGGGGAAAGAUGUCGCUGAAAUUUUCAAUGUGUUCUUAAAUGAUAUUGAAUCAUACAAUUCUGGAAGAAAGAGUUUUGAGAUUAACUAUCAUUUGCUUGGGAGGGGGUUUCUGCAUGAGACAAGAUUUGUUCUUGGCAAGAUUAUUUUGGAAACCAUGAGUGAAGUUGUUAAAGGAGGAAUGGAGGUUGUCAAGGUAGAGGAAACUCAGCCAGACGUCACCAAGGAGAAUUGUGGUCUGGCACUUUCUGAUCUCGUGAAGCCACAAGUUGUGAAGGAUAGAAAUCAUAAACGUGGCUUGUCAGAAUCUAGUCUUGAACCACAGCACGGGAAGGUGAAGAAACAAAAGGUGAUUAAGAAGAAAAGCAGUGGUCUCUCCAAACAGGAGGUAGUUGAUAUGGUGAAGUGCCUGGAGGUGGGUGAGAAGCAUCAGACAGUAAUCAAGACGUCUCAAUUGCCUCAGGUAGAAGCAAAUAUGACACAGGGAAUCAUGGUAGAGAGGAAAAAUUGUCAAUUGCCAGAGCAGGAGGUUACAAAGGAAAUGCAAGAGGAUGUUGAGAAGGAUAAGUCCACAGAUAACGGUAAGAGACAUUUGAAGGUGGUGGAGAACAUACCAUCUCAGGAUAAGGUAACUAAGAAGGAUAAAGUACUUGGCAGUCGUAAUUUAAGUCGGGAGGCAAAAACGAAGCAGAAAAAGAUGUUAGAGAAGGAAGGAUUGCCUUUCUCAUCUCAGGAGGCGGUCAAAGAUAAACGCGAUGAAGUACUGGUGAAGGAGAAUGGCAGUAAACCUUUACUAUCAAGCUUGUUCAAGUAAAGUUGUCAAUGUUUGUUGUAAAACAUGUGCCAGUAAGAACGCCAUCACCAGCAAAUGGACUUGGCGGGUGUACAAUGUACUCGCAAGAGCUGACGGAAAUAAUCGUUGAAACAUGUAUCAUCGCAAGAAGAGAAGUCUCUCUGGAGAACUGAAGUGUACUUGGAACCGAGUGAAGAAACCCAAACUGUCGGACGGAGUGGGCCAUGGGCUUACUUUUUCUUUUUGUUCUUUUCGUUAUGUAGUAGUUCAAUUCAGUAAGUGAGGUUGUAAAUACUAUUGGGCCUUGGCCCGUAACGGUUAGUAUUGCUUCAAAGUUUCCUGUUGAUUAGCUAAGCCCAUUAAGUGGGCAACCUUAGGCCCAGGUAUGGAGCAUCAUAUGCUCUGUGAAUGUUUACAAAACAUGUCCUCGAGGUGUGGGCUUGGGUCAGAGAGGAUGCUUCUUCUAUAUUGCACCUCCUAUUCAUUAAGUUCUAUUUUAGGUCAAUCACCAUAUUGUCAUUGCUGAUACGAUGGACAAAGGUAUUUCUUUGGUAUUACCCAACCUAAUAAUAAUAAUAUGUUACCGAAUCA